AUGUCAGCUGUGUUAUCACAUUUUGCUCGAGACGAAGGGGUAGAGCUUAAACUACAGCUCCUUGUUGUGCCUGCAACAGAUAUGCGGUACUGUCUAAGAAAUCGCAAGCUUGAUGCAUUAAGCUGCCCAUAUGAGAGUGUUCUGCUAUACCAUGACGCUCCAUGGGGCCCAUUGGGGCGAGAACAAUGGUUCCUCAGGUAUUGGCUUGGAGCUGAUGAAGGUACCCAGGAGAAGAUUCUGACUGGUGAUUGGAGAUGCACGCCAGUCCUGGCACCUUCAUUCUCUAAUCUUGCGAGAGCUCACAUUGUCACAGCUGAGUUUGGCCUAGAAAGAGAUGAAGGUGAAUUUUAUGGCAACCUUCUAAAGCUUGCAGGAAAUCAGGUUACCAUGAAGCAAUACCAGGGAGUACCACAUGCGUUCGCUCAUUACAACCAUCCUGAAAGAGGGCUGCCUCAGAGUUUCGAAUACAUUGAAGACACAUGCAAACUUCUCCGAGAGGCUCAUUUUGGGCCUUUGGCAAAGUUUUGA